AUGGCUACAAAAUAUGGCAGAACAGCGGUACCAGACGACAUUUUGUUGGAGCAGUCAGUCGACAUUGCUUUUCAGUUGAUUGAUGUGGAUUAUAUUCAAGGUAAGAGGGUUUUCGUUAUUGUUUUUGAUGUUCAGAUUGUGGUACUGCUUCUAGAAGGUUGAUUAUGACUUUGUUUGGAUAUACUUAGACUUUUAAAGGGUUUGAAGGGCUUUUUCAAGGUUUAUUGAUGUUGUUUUAUCUGUAAUGCUCUUGUUUUAUCUCUUCCAUCGGUUUGUUUAACAAAAUUUUCUAAAAAUAUGUUUCAGAAGAAUUUGGAGUACGUAUUCGACUGUUUGGAACCACAAAAGAUGGGCAUUCGAUUUGUGCAUCAGCCAAAACGUAUGUUCCUUAUCUUUAUAUGGAAGCUCCGAAGAAUCAUAAGACCGAAAACAUUGGUCGGUAUGUAGAUGCUUUGAACGAAAGGUUAUUAGUGAGUUACUUUAUUAUAUUCUCUGUCUUUUAGGUUUAUUUUGAAACUGUUAAGCUAUACUGGAGCUUGUUUCUGUUGAUUUAAGCUUUGAUAUCUACUAUAAUAUCGAAUUUGGUUUUUUCUUCAGUUUAGCUAAAAAACGAGGAAUAUAAGUCUUUUUCGAGUAGGUUUGGUUAAUUGUAAAAUACGGAAUUCUCGAUAUUUUUCAGCAACUGCCAGAAGGACAACGAAAGCAGUAUGCACCACCAGGAACGACAAGAUUUGUUUUGAGUAUAGAAGAGGUCAAAGGGAAAAAUUUGAUGCAUUAUCAGAAGGACGACCAGACAAUAUUAAAGAUCAACGUGGUUUCACCGAAGGUUAUUACUGCUUGUAAGUUACUUCAUUCUUAUCUUAUAUAACAUAAGGUAUUUCUUUUUUUAUCGUAUAACAUGGCUCGCGCAGGCUGCGAAACUCUAAUUUGACUUUUAUGGGGAAAAAGGCGAGAACUUUGUUUACAGAGAUAAAAGUGGCAAGAAUUUUGUUUAUAAAACAUAAAAUGGCAAUAUCAUUCUUUACAAGGCACAAAAUGGCAAUAACUUUCUUUAAAGAGCAUAAAUGUCAAGAAAUAGCUUUAAUUUAAAGUUGUUUUAGGUAAAACGGCCUAUAAUGCAUCAAUGUCUGCUCAUUUGACCUGUUUUGAAGCUAAUAUCGAUUUUGAAACACGAUUUAUGGCCGACCUGAACAUGGUUGGUUGUUGCUGGAUCCAAGUGAUAGCGAAGAAAUACCAGACCAUCGAUAACAACCAUCGAGAAACAAUUUGCCAGAUUGAAGCUCAAACCGAUAUCAAAGAUCUUGUAGUACAUCCAGCUGAAGAUCCAUGGGACGGUAUAGCGCCGUUAAGAACGUUGAGCUUUGAUAUUGAAGUAGCUGGCCGACCUGGCGUCUUUCCCGAAGCCAAACAAGAUCCGGUGAUUCAAAUCGCUUGUGUUUGUAAAACUGAAGGAGAGGCCGAGCCGUUCUCGAGGAUUUGUUUUGUGUUGGGAGGAUGUAAUCCAGUCAAAGGAAGUGACAUUGUCUGUUGUAAGAAGGAGGAGGAGUUGUUGAAGAAGUAGGUUUUUUGUGUUACGAUUUAAUGGAGGGGUGGGGUGUUAAAUUUCGAAUAACCUAUUCUUCUGUUAAAUCAAAAGCUUGAAGUGUUAAAAUUGACUUUCGUGCUUUAAAAUUUUCUUUUUAGACUUACUUGAGUUUAGGUUUAAAAUGGUCUACAGGCUUAGAAAUGAUCUUUAGGAUUAAAAAUGAGAGUUUAGACUUGAAAGGGCAUUUUAGGCUUAAAAAUUUAAUUAUAUUCUUAAAAAUUGCGUUUCAGGCUUAAAAAUAGCAUUUUAGGCUUAAGAAUAUAUUUUAGGUUUAAAAAUGAUAUUUUAGGGUUAAAAUGAUUUUUUUUGCGUUUUGGCUUAAAAGUGACAUUUUACUCCUAAAAACGAGGCGUUAGGCUUAAAAUUUUAAUUUUAGGCUUAUGAGUGGCUUUUAUGCUUUAAAAUGACAUAUUAUACGUUAAAAUGGCAUUUAGGCUUAAGCAUUAUAUUUUAGGCUUAUGAAGAGAGCCUUUAGGUUUAAAAAUGAGGGUUCAGACUUGCAAAUGGCAUUUAAAUUUAUUAUUUUGUCUUUCUCUGGCCUCGAAUAUCCUACAUUACAUUUCCUUGCUUUAUCCUACCUUACUCUAUCCUGGUCUACCUUAUUCUACCUUACCCUAUAUUACCUUACUCCACCUCAUACUAUUUUACCCUACUUUAUGUGUACGGUUAUUUUUCAGAUUCACCGACUACUUUUGUAAGAUUGAUCCAGACGUGGUGACCGGCUACAAUGUGCAAAAUUUUGACUUCCCUUACAUUUUGGACCGUGCCAAAGCCUUGAACAUUAACAAGGAUGUGGCUGGAUUAGGAAGGCUGAAAGGGGUUUUGGCAAAAGUGAAGGAAAAUACAGUAUCAUCGGCUCAAAUGGGUACUAGAGUCAAUAAGGUUAUCACUUUGGAGGGGCGAAUGGUCUUUGAUGUGUUUAGGGUAGGUAAUGAAAUUUUUUGUUUUUUUUUAUUUGGAAAUAAAGUUUUUGUAAUUUUUGACUUUGUAAAGAAAGUUUUUGUAAUUUAUUGCGUUGUAAAGAAAGUUUUUGCUAUUUGAAAUUGUAUUUUUAGGUAAUAACUCGAGAGUACAAGCUGAGAAGUUACACCCUGAACAAUGUUAGUUAUAACUUUUUAGGAGAGCAAAAAGAAGAUGUACCAUAUCAAAUGAUCACUGGACUUCAUGUAGGUUAAUAUUUUUUUAAUUUUUGAGGUUUUUAGUUAUAAAUUUUUGGCUUUAUGGGAUGUUAUGGUAAUUUAAUAGUGAUUUUUGUGUUAAAUACGCUUAGUUGUUGUUUUAAUUCUUUAUUUUUUGCUGUUUUAAUCAAUUUUUGGUCAGAUAUUGGGUAUUUAUUGUUAAAAUUAGAUGGUUUUCGGCUUUUCUUCUUUAAAAUUAGGUAAUAUUUGGCUUUUUUAUAAAAAAUUUGGUCAUUUUUCAGCAAGGCACAGACCAAGACAGAAGAAGACUGGCAGUGUAUUGCCUAAAAGAUGCCUACCUCCCACUGAAGUUGAUUGAAAAGCUGAUGUUACUCAUUAACUACAUUGAAAUGGCCAGAGUAACUGGAGUCCCAUUGAAUUUCCUAAUCGAACGAGGACAACAGGUCAAAAUCUUGUCACAAUUGCUCAGAAAAGUAGGUUUACAGUGGUUUUUGAAGAGGAUUUUUAGUGGUUUGGUUUAGGGUAGGGUAGGGAAUGGCUGGAUGUGUAGGGUAGAGUAGGGCAGGGUAAAGUAGGGUAGGAUAGGAUAGAGCAGAAUAAGUUAGGGUAAGGUAGGGUGACGUAGUGUAGGGUAGGAUAGUGUAGGGACAGGAGUAAGAGUUGGAGUAAAAACUUAGUCCACAGGGGGGACCAAGUUCAAUAUUUUUUGGAAAAAAAAAUUUUUUUUUGAUAUUUGAAAAAUUCAGCUUUGCAGUACCUUUUCGAAAGCUAAAUAGCCAAUUUUGGAAACUAGAUACACUGGUAUUCGAAAAGGAAUUGAAUUCCAGUUACUUGUCUUCCCAAUAUCAUACCAGCUCACAAACGAUAACCAUAUUGUCGAUAAAGUUGAGGCAAUAUGGACAGAAAUUGUGACACAUUUAAAUGGCGUAAAAAUCAUUGUAUUUUACUUUUUGAGUUUAAACUUGAAUUGGAAUUCAGGAAAAUUAGUUUUUUUUAAUUUUGGUUUAGGCAUAUCAUUAGGUAAAAGUCGAAUUUUUGAAAUUUCAAAAAUAUUUUUGGAACAAUUGGUACAUAGGUCUUGUAAAUACUACGUUUUAUGCAUUACGUUAUGUGUUCAUUGGAAAUUGAAAAAAAAAUUUUUUAAAAUCGCAAAUUUUGGUCAAAAUUUUUGAUUUUUGGGGUUUUUUCUUUGAAGUUUAUUAGCUUUUCUGCCAUUUCUAACUGUAACUCGACCCUUGCUUCUACCUCUAUUUUGUGAAGAUUCGAAAAAUUCAAAUUUAUAAAUUUUUCUGCCAUUGCAGACUAAAACUACGGGCUAUUUCAUACCGGUAAUCGAAAAAUCAGGCGGCGGAGGACCAUCAGAAGGUUAUGAAGGAGCCACCGUACUCGAUCCCAUCACCGGUUUCUACAAUCAGCCAAUAGCAACACUGGACUUUGCCUCUCUAUACCCAUCGAUUAUGAUUGCCCACAACCUUUGCUACACGACACUCUUGGCCAAACCUUUGCCGAAAGGCUUUGCCAAAGACGAUGACUAUGUGGAGUCACCGACUCAUCACACUUUUGUCACAACUAAACAUCGCAAAGGCUUGUUGCCAAUGAUAUUGGAGGAUCUGUUGGGGGCGAGAAAGAAGGCCAAGAAAGACCUGAAGGAAGCGACGGACCCACUCAAGAAGAUGGUACUGAACGGUCGACAGCUAGCUCUGAAGAUCUCUGCCAAUUCGGUUUAUGGAUUCACUGGAGCGACGGUGGGGAAGCUACCGUGCGUGGAGAUCUCAGAGAGUGUCACGUCGUUCGGAAGGGAAAUGAUUGAGAAAACAAAGGAGUGUGUGGAAGGUAAGUUAAGGGUUGGCAAAGCUAAAGGUCUUAUUAGGUUAUUCAAAUAAUUUUGUGCCCUUUAAUUCUGAAAGUUGGAUUUGAGAAGGGGCACAUCAUUAUUUGAACAACUUUGAUUUUAAGGGUUAGUUGAGUUUUUAGAGUGAUUUUUAUGCCUAAAUAUGACUUUUAAGCCUAAAAAUGACAUUUUGAGCCUAAAACUGACUUUUCAAACCGAAAAAAUAUUUUUAAGCUUAAAAACGAUUUUUAAGCCUAAAAACGACUUUUAAGUCGAAAAAUGACUUUUCAGCCGAAAAAAAGUAUUUUUAAGCCUAAACAUGACUUUUAAGCCUAAAAAAUAUUUUUAAGCUUAUAAAUCCUUUUUAGUUUAAAAAAUGUUUUUUAAUUUUAAAAUAAGUUAAAAUUUUUAAAUUUAAAAGUAAUUUUUAGCCACAUACAAGAACGGCCAAUAUGGAGCUCCAGGAACAGCCCGAGUCAUUUACGGAGACACGGAUUCAGUCAUGGUGGAGUUUGGAUGUACAGAGAUUUCAGAAGCUAUGCAAUUGGGGAAACACGCGGCCGAACUCAUCUCAAAGGAAUUCAAAGCUCCGAUCAAGCUGGAGUUUGAAAAGGUAUGACAUUACCUACAGCAGCUUCUACUUUACCGCUACUUCUACCCAUAAUACUAUGUGUACUCCAGUGCUAUUUACAUUGAGCCUUACCCUCACUUCUAUUCUUACCCCUACCUUUACUUCUACUAUCUUUAUCUUUAACUUGACGCCGACUCUUAGUUCUAGCCUUACUUUAUCGCUACUAAAACAAUGUUUUCAGGUUUACUGCCCAUACUUACUAAUGGCCAAGAAGCGGUAUGCUGGUUUGUACUUCACUCGGCCAGAAAAACAUGACAAAGUUGAUACGAAAGGCUUGGAAACAGUACGAAGAGACAAUUGUUCACUGGUGGGAAGUGUAAUGCAGACUUGUUUGGACUUGCUAUUGAUCAAAAGGUAACGUUAAUGUGAUUUUAUAGGGUUAUGUUUUGAGUUAUUGAUUGAAAAAGGUAUAUCACUGUGGAUUUUGUAAGGUUGGGUAAAGUAGAGUAGGGAAUUUUAGGAUAGGGUAUGGUAUGGAAGGGUAGGGUAGGGUAAGGUAUUGGGAGUGGAAAAAGUCUUUUUUUAAACUUUUUUAUUCUCCAGAGACCCAACAGCGGCCAUAGAAUACGCCAAAAGAGUGAUUGGCGACUUACUUUGCAAUCGCAUUGAUAUGGGAAUGUUAAUCAUCACCAAGGAGUACACUCAAACUGGAGACGUAAGCAUUUUUAAUAGCUUUUUUCGGCGGGGUGAUUUCGAGGUGGAGACGGUGAAGUGAAAAUUUUUUAUUUUUGGGCGGGGUGAUUUUGAUACGGGGGUGGUGAAAUUAAAAUUUAGUGGGCGGGGUUAAUUUUUUACUUUUAACCCUACCCUUCUAACCUUAAUCUUACUUUUACUUUUACUCGUACACCUACUUUUUCUUUUAUACUUACUCCUAUCUGUAACCCUACUUUUACCUCUACUAUUUUUUUUUAUUUUUUCCCAUACCAAAUUUUGAUUUUUUUGCAUUUUUAAAAACAAUUUUUUUUCAGAAAAGCAAAAACAAGUCAGCUCACAUUGCACUGGUUGAAAAACUACGAAAACGUGAUGCAGGCUCAGCACCAAAACUCGGCGAUCGAAUCUCGUACAUAAUGGUGCACAAAGGCAACAAUGUACCAGCUUAUGAGAAGGCAGAAGACCCACGAUAUGCUUUGGAGAACAACAUGCCAUUAGAUACUAAGUAUUACCUUGAAAAUCAGCUAUUGAACCCAUUGGUGAGGCUGCUGGAUCCACUGACUAAUAACAAGGCCAAGGACAUUUUGUUGAGUAGGUUUUGGCAAGAAUUUUGUUUUCAGCAGAGGAAAUGAAGAGAAAUUUUUUUGUAAGGUUUGAAAUGGCAAGAACUUUCUUUACAGAACUUAGAAUAGCAAGAAGUUUCUUUACAUAACUUAAAAUGGCAAAAACUUUGUUUACAGUGCAAAACAUGGCAAGGACUUUCUUUACAAAGCGAAAAAUUGGAAAAACUUUGUUUACAAAACAUAAAAUGUAAAAUACGAACUCAAAAAGGCCAACUAUCGUAUAACUUGUCACUCGCAGGCUGCAUUACACAAUAUUUUGAUGUUUUGCGCUUAAAAAUGGCAGAAACUUUCUUUCCAAAACAUAAAAUGGCAAGGACUUUCUUUACAGAACUUAUAAUAGCAAUAACUUUCUUUACGAGGCGAAAAAUGCCCAGAACUUUCUUUAUAAAUUGAAAAGCUGCAAAAACUUUCUUUACAGCCCAAAAAAAUUAAAAUAAAAAUUUCAGAAGGCGACCACGCCCGAGUGAAAGCCCACGCCGCCUCGAAGAGCGGUAUUGGAAUGUUCUUCAAGAAGGUGGAGACCUGUAUCGCCUGUAAAUCAACUAUUCAAGUCGGUGCUAAGUCUCCGCUAUGUCAACAUUGUCAACCCAAGAUCGGCAACAUCUACGCGGAAAAGGUGAAUCAACUCAAGAUCGCCGAACACAAGUACUCCCGACUGUGGACGGAAUGCCAAAACUGUGCCAACGAUUUCACGAACGAAGUGGUCUGUGCCAGCUCGGACUGUCCUAUCUUUUGGCUGAGGGAAAAGGCUCGGUCCGAUAUGGCCGAACGACGCGAAGUCUUGGAUAAGUUCUAUGAGAUGUGA